UAUAUAAUUUUGUUUCAGUUUCCAGUAAGUAGAAAGACCUAUGUAAUUGCCGCGGCAGUUGUAGGUGCUGAGGCAGAGAAAGCAUCAAUAUACUAUUCCGCAUCGGUCUCACAGAAGAGGAAAAAAAAGAGAAGAGAAUAAGAUCAAACCAAUAUGCCUGAGCCCCAACGAGAACGUAUGAACUACGUGUUGCUCGAGGCGUUGAGGAACGGGGCCGAGGAAGCCGUUAGAGCAUUCUUCCCGCAGGAUAAUGCCGAUGAGGCAGGGGGCAGGCGUUGGCGGGGAGUUACCGUAGGUGGAAACUCGGCCCUCCAUAUCGCGGCUGAUUUUCGGCACUUGGAGCUUGCGUCGCUGAUCUGCGCAAGAGACAGCUCCCUUUUGGUGGUGCGCAAUGCCGCGCUCGAGACGCCGGUGCACUGCGCUGCGAGGGCUGGGGCAGACCGAAUUGUAACCCUCUUUACCUGGGAAGCCUGCCGGUGUGAGGAGGCGGUGCUCCGCGCCACGGAUCGGGAAGGGAAGACUGCAUUACAUGCUGCCGCCCAAGAAGGCCAUGUGAAGGUGGCGGAAGUUUUGAUGUCUGCGGAUCCUGGGCUGGCGGCUAUCGACGACAAUAAUGGUGUAUCUCCACUUUAUGCUGCCGUGCUGUCGGGAUCGCCGAAACUUGUUCAGGUCCUGAUAGGAUCCCAUGCUGACGGAGGGGACAGACCAGAGGCAUCCUAUGCCGGACCUAACGGGCAAACUGCACUGCAUGCAGCCGCCAUGAUCAGUCUAGGCGCCGCCAUGAACGGAGGAGUGGAGAUCGCGGAUAUACUAGUACAGUGGAAACCAACACUUAAAAAGAAAGUUGAUAGCUCAGGAAGCACUCCCCUUCACUAUUUAGCAGCAACUGGUUACCAUUAUGUGAUGCGUCAACUAUUAGAACAUGACACUUCUCCGGCGUACAUCUCAGACUAUGAAGGAUUAUGCCCUAUACAUGUUGCUGCUAGGAUGGGACGACUCUCUAUAAUUCGUGAGCUUAUUGAGCAUUGCCCUGAUAUGUCUGAGUUAGUGGAUGGUGGAGGAAGGAAUUUUCUACAUGUUGCUAUACAGCACAAAAAAGAGCAGAUAGUUAGGUUUGUCUGCAGACAACUGUCGCUUUCGAAAAUGAUGAAUGCAAAGGAUAGUGAAGGGAAUACACCACUGCAUCUUGCUGUAGAAUCCAAGAACUACACUAUGGUGCGUCUCCUAUUGGAAAACAAAAGUGUACACCCAAGCAUUGUGAACAAGGAUGGAAAAACACCUCUAGAUCUUGUCCCUAUCGGGCUUGGGUUUCUCGUAAACUUUCAACUGGUAAAUCGAUUUCCUACUCUUAAGUUAUAUUUAAAUUAUUCCAGGCAUCACUAGUUCAUUGCUUAUUGAUCUUUGAGAGCAACUUUGCACUAGGGUCUUGCAUCACAUGAAGCCGUAUUUUGGUAUUGAUGAUGUUAUCUAGCAAUAAAGUGCCCAAGGGAUAAAACUUCA